CCCCCUCAGCCUGCGCCCCCCUGGCUCCGCCGCUCUCACUAUCGGUUUCUCUCCCGUCGGGGUUCGUGUCUGCUCCAGUCGCUCCCAUGGCUCACAGCCAGCAGCAGGCGCCUUACUUCAAGCCGUCUCUCCCAUUUACUGGCCCUAUUCAUGGCAGUCUUUGUGAUGGCUUGAUGGUUAUCAUCAAUGGAACUGUUCUUCCUCCAUGUGACAGGUUCCAGAUAGACUUUCAGUGUGGAUCCUGCCCAAGUCCUCAAACUGAUAUUGCUUUUCAUUUUAACCCAUGAUUCGAAGAGGGUGGAUAUGUGGUUUGCAAUACUUUUGAAAGACAGACUUAGGGAAGAGAGGAGAGGAAAUAUGAAAUGCCUUUUUUUAAAGGCCACCCCUUUGAGAUUCGGGUUUUGGUAAAACACGACUCAUUCCUGGUUGCUGUAAAUGGAAAGCACUUUGUGGAGUACAAGCACCAGAUUCCACUUUCCAAAGUGAAAAACCUUAGUGUGUCUGGGGGUGUGGAAGUGGCAAUCAUCAGCUUCCAAGAUAGUACUCCCCCAGGUGCUUGGUUUCCUAGAUCAGCUGGGAUCACCAAUGCAGCUUUCCCACCUACACAGUUCGCUCCUGGAUCAACAUAUAGUCCACAGACUUAUCUUGUGCCAUACCACACUUGCAUUGUUGGAGGGCUUUAUCCAUCAAGGUCUCUUGUAAUAACAGGGACCAUUCCUCCUGAUGCUGACAGAUUCCAUGUCAAUCUGAAAUCGGGCGAAGACAUUGCCUUCCAUCUAAACCCAAGAUUCUCUGAGAAGACCAUUGUCUGCAACAGUUUCCUGAACCAGUGCUGGGGGAAGGAGGAACUUGGCUUGUCAAGUGGCAUGCCUCUCAGCUGUGGGCAGAGCUUCACAAUCUGGAUUUUAUGCGAAGGUCACUGCUUUAUGGUGACUGUGAAUGGACACCACAAGUUUGCAUACAACCAUCGAGUUCCUAACCUGCAGCAGAUAGACAAGCUUGAAGUAGAGGGUGAUGUUAUGCUGACCUGUGUUCAGGUUUAAAGAUGAAAUCCUACAUACAAUUUAUAUAACAGAGUCGGCUUCUGUGUACGCCUCCUAAAAUUAGCUGUUUACUAGGGAAUUUGCUACUGAAACUUAAUCAAGAAUCUAAUUCUUUUUUUUUAUAUCCACUUCAACCUAACUAGCAAUCCUGCUAUUUCUAUACCAACCCACGCUUUUUGUAUAAGCUUUUUAUAUGCUAGAACUUCUGUUCUGAUCAUAUUGUUCAUUUUUAAGCCUUUUUAUUACGAUGAUAC